GAACGACAAUGAGUUUCUCGUUGCCAGUUUUAGUGGCAGCUAUUGACUUUGGUACAACCUUCUCUGGGUAUGCAUUUUCAUUUCAUCACGAAUUUGAACAAGACCCUCUAAAAAUCAGCACCUGUAACUGGAUAGCUGGAAAUCAAUCCUUGAUAUCACUAAAGACACCGUCUGUGAUUCUGCUGAAGCCAGACAAAACCUUCCAUUCUUUUGGAUACGAGGCAGAAAACAAAUACGCUUCUCUAGCAGAAGACAAUGAGCAUGAGGGAUGGCUGUAUUUCAAACGCUUCAAGAUGACUCUCCAUAAAAAUAAAAGUCUACGACGAACCACCACAAUAAAGGAUAUAAAUGGAAAGGAAAUGCCUGCGAUGACUGUAUUUACGAUGGCCAUAAAGUACCUAAAAGAGCACCUGAUGAAAACUUUGACAACCCGAGUGGACACUUUUACUGAGGACUUAAUUCGAUGGGUACUUACUGUACCAGCCAUUUGGGAUGAAGGUGCAAAACAGUUCAUGAUGGAGGCGGCAGUAGACGCUGGUAUUGAAAGGAAGCAGUUACUUUUAGCCUUGGAGCCGGAGGCGGCCUCCAUUUAUUGUAAUCACGUCCCCAUAGGAGUUAUGUCCGUUAAUAAGGAAAAGACUGAAUCGUACAAGUUCAAACCAGGGACACGAUAUAUGGUACUGGAUUUGGGAGGAGGAACUGCCGAUAUUACAGUGCACGAAGUACAUUCAAAUCAGAACCUGCGCGAAGUCCACCAUGCAACCGGCGGAGCUUGGGGUGGAACAAAAGUGGAUGACGCCUUCUACCAAUUUUUGGUGAAGCUUUUUGGAAAUGAUGUACUUACAAAGUUAAAGACAGAGAAUAUGGACGAUUAUAUUUCACUUUUUCGUGAUUUUGAAACAAAGAAACGUACAGUCAGACCAGACUUAGAAGAUAAGGUGACCAUAACGCUCCCAUUUCGUCUGUUAGAGAUAUUUGAAGAAGAAACAGGAGAAACAUUGACAGAGGCACUGCCACAGACGAGAUACGCUAAAAAAGUCAUAUUUAAGGCUGGAAAACUGCGGGUACAUCCCGACAUUUUCAAAGAUUUCUUCAAAGAUACACUACAAGGUAUAAUACAACACAUAACAGAAAUUGUGAGCUCGUUUGAAGGAGAUUCUUUAUCAAAAAUUCUUCUUGUUGGUGGAUUCUCCGAAUCGCCUAUGGUUUUAAAAGCAAUAAAAGAAUUAUUUCCCGACAAAAAGGUAAUAGCACCAGCUGAUCCAGGACUGGCAGUCUUAAAAGGGGCUGUAUUGUUCGGCCAUACGCCAUGCGUCAUUUCUUCAAGAAUCAGUCGCUAUUCUAUUGGAUUUGAAGUCAAUGUCCCCUUCAUUGAAGGCUUGCAUCGACAAGAAUACAAAAUUACACUUUACGGGAAAUCAAGGUGCCUGCAUAUUUUUGAAGCAUUGGUGCAAAAAGGAGAGGAGGUUCCCAUUGGUCAUAAAGUCGAAAAAACAUACACGGCGAAUGAAGAAGACGCUAUAUCUGGGAUCGGAAUUUACCAGUCAACUUCACAAAAUCCAACAUACACCACCGAGAAAAACUGUACCAAAAUAGGUGCCAUAAAGCUUCGUCGACCAAACGGAGGCUGGUCCGAGGGUUCUUUGAUCCACGCCGUCGUCGAGUUCGGGGGCACUCAUUUCGACGUUGCUUUGACAGACGACUGUCUCGACGAAACAUACAGGCACUCAUACGAUUUUCUUCGAAAUUAAUACCUAAACAUUCAUCUUAUUUAGCCAGUGGUGUAAACUUAUUAUGUAUAUGUUACAGUAAAUAUGUGAAAUCAGGAAUUUCGUGUAUUUCCUAAACCAUUCAGCAAAUACAUGUAUUUACUGGCUGUUUUAGGAAAUACAUGUAAUUACUGAAUAGACUAGGAAAUUCAUGUAUUAACUGAAAAUUUUAGCCAAUUUUACACGUUCUUACUGAACUAAGAAGACAUACUAUACAUAUGUUUUAAAAUAUUCAAUAAGUGUACAAAUACUAGUAUGCAUGCUUUUAAAACAGCACUUUAUAUAAUUUUUUUUACAACGCUGACAUUCGUCAUAGAUUAAUUACCGAGUCUGGGCAAAACUCACUGCACUGUCUAUCUAAAAUUCCAUUUAAGGAGGAAUUCUUUUAACUAAUGUUUCUUCAUUGAACCAUUACAAUAUAUGUAUUUUAUGAGAUUUUUUGGCAUUUUUUCAGAGACAAUAUAAAA